UGUAUUUCCUGCUUGCUGCUGUUUCCAGCCGCAGCAAUGGCAGCAGUGAAAGCGCUCUUGCGUUAUGGAGUCAUUGCGGCUUUCAUGACUUCAGCCGUGCUCGCCUUUGUGGAGGAUCUAGACGACACAUUUAAAGAAAGCAGAGUGAAUGAUAUCUGGCUGGUUGAUUUCUACGCGCCGUGGUGCGGCUACUGUAAGAAACUCGAGCCCAUAUGGCACGAAGUGGGCGCCGAGCUGAGGGUCUCCGGGUCGCCGGUCCGCGUGGGGAAGAUGGACGCCACUGCUUACUCCGGAAUGUCGUCAGAGUUUGGUGUGCGUGGCUAUCCUACGAUAAAGCUGUUAAAGGGGGACCUGGCCUAUAAUUACAAGGGUCCGAGAACAAAAGACGACAUUGUAGAGUUUGCCAACAGGGUGGCAGGGCCAGCUGUUCGAGCAUUGCCCAGUAAGCAAAUGUUUGAGCACAUGAUGAAGAGACAUGAUGUGCUGUUUGUGUACGUUGGCGGCGAGUCCCCCCUCAAAGAGAAGUACAACGACGUUGCCACCGAGCUCAUCGUCUAUACUUACUUCUUCUCUGCCCAUGAGGAUGUCUUACCAGAGUCUGUCACCUUGCCAGAGCUCCCUGCGGUCAUCGUCUUUAAAGACGACGCCUACUUCACAUAUGAUGAGUACGAGGACGGCGGUUUGUCUGGGUGGGUCAACAGAGAGCGCUUCCAAGGGUAUCUGCAGAUCGAUGGCUUCACGCUGUACGAGCUCGGAGACACAGGCAAACUGGUGGCGAUCGCAGUCAUUGACGAGAAGGACCCCACAGAGGAGAGUGGCAGAUUAAAAGCCAUGAUUCAGAAGGUGGCGAAGGAAUACAGACAGCACUUUAACAGAGACUUCCAGUUUGGCCACAUGGACGGGAACGACUACAUCAACGGUCUCAUCAUGGGAGAGGUGACGGUGCCCUCGGUUAUCAUCCUCAACACAUCCAACGAGCAGUACUUCCUGCCAAGCCAGCCCACAGAGACCGUGGAGCAGCUGGUCCAGUUCAUCAGCAGCGUUCUGAACGGUUCUGCACAGGCCCAGGGAGGUGACGGCUUCAUUCAGAGGAUCAAACGAGUGGCGUUUGAUGCCAGAUCCACUGUUAUGUCAGUGUUCCGCAGCUCCCCGCUACUGGGCUGCUUCCUGUUCGGCCUGCCGCUGGGCGUGAUCAGCCUCAUGUGCUACGGUAUCUGCACAGCCGAGACGGACGACGGCUCCGACGACCUGGAGGGGCUCAAGCGGGAGGGCCUCACGGACGACGAUGAGGAGGACGAUGAGGAAGAUGAGCGGGAGGAGGAGGAAGAGGAGGAGGAGACUGCCGGGCUGGAAGACGAGAAAGAUCCCGAAGAGAAGAAAACGGAUUAACGCUGGGCUGGAUGAUGGAUGGCGGAUGACGGGCCGAGUCGGCUGCCGUGACGUGGAACUCAAAGACGCAUGGAUGACACGUCGUCUGUGGUGAUGAUCUUUGUUUUCCGUCUCACUCCCCGCUUACACGCCUGUCUAGCGCAGGCUGUUCUCCCAUAUUUCCCAGUCUGUACCUAAAACGGCCGUCAGAGUGUGGGACCCAAACGCACUGCUUGUGUCGUGCGAUCCUCGACGUCCUCGUUAGCUAGCUGUUGUGUAAACGCCUAACCCAUAUCUUCUUUUUCCUACCUAAGCCACCAGUAGAACACAGGUGAACGCUGCCUUCAAACAAAGCAGGAAGCAUCAGUUUAUCAUCCAAACGUGAAAGUGCCCGAGAUGGAAAACGUUGCCAUACAUGAGUUAGUUUUGUAAAUUGUUGCAUGGAAAUUUUUAUUUGUAGGGGUGCUACACACAAUUGUGCAUUUAGUGUAUUUCUGUGAGUGUGUGGUAAAGCACAUUACAGCACAGAACAUUUGCACAGCCCCAGACGACCCCUCGCUUAGAUGGGUUGCACACACACAUCACAUCUUGUCACAGCAUCUGCAUUUAACAGGUUUCCCAGUUGGUGUCCAGCAUGGACUAAUGAGAUUCAAUCCAUGUUGGGUUCAUAUAUUGUUAGCUUCCUGCAGGGUUUCUUUCUGUGCAUUUUUGUACCCCGUUAGUCAAUGUAAUAGAUACAUUCAAGGGGAGGAGAGUAACCUCAUUUUGAGUAAGUCGCCAAAGCCACUGAAAACAUUUCUUAAACUGUUCAAUUUAGACAUUACACUAUUUUUCAUGACAAACUACCACACAAUAGCAAAAAGACAAUGACCAUCUUUUAUAAAUAAAGUACAAUUGUAAUAUUGCCAGUCAUAUAAACACAAAUCACGAACCUAAUCUUAUUUCAUCAAAGUACUGUAGCUCUAAUGGUGAGUAUCAGGUUAGAAGGGGAAAGGAAAAUUGUUCCUUAUGCUAGGGCAACCUCUCAUAUAAUUUGGUCCCAAGACCUUUGUCCAUAUUGUAUGAAGCAGUCGCAAAAAGCCUCUUAAAAAUGUCAUGUUUUUUAUUGUAAUUAGAUGUUGAUAAUCCGUAAAAUAACCUUUCAAAUGAACUACAGAUUGGAAUCGUCAUUCUGAUUAAGUGCAGCAUAUCAGAGCAAUUCCCAGAUGCCAUGAAAAUUUGUCCCUUGAUAACAUAUGGGAACAAUCGUUUGGGCCAAAAAUGUAACGUCAUCAUCGCAAGCUACUGCGCAUUCAGUGACAAUAUUUAUCUUUAUAUGUAAGCAAAUAAGCACAGAACUAAUAAUAAAAAAAACACCCCUUAAAAUACAUCCCUGGUGCGCCUGAUCACGCGACUAUCCAAGUAGACCUUGAAUUGUCAAUUUUUUUAAAAAUGAUUCUGAUUAUUUAUUGGUGUGUAAAGGUUCUGUGUGCAUUCCAAGACUGCUUCAUGUUUAGUUUGUCCCGACUGACUGUGGUUCCUCUAAGGCAGUUAUCUUAUUACUGUGAACGUUACACUAAAAAAAUGAAUUUCCUUGCUUUGCCUUCUGGUCUGUAGCUUGGCAAGCUUUCUUUUCAAAUUUGACCAAAAUAAAGAUUGCCCCUUUUUUUGUUGUUGA